GUGUGAUAGAAAAUAGGACAAGAAAAAUAUUUUUGUGCUUUAACUUAAAAUUUAAGAACACUCAUUAAUUGAUAAUAGAUUUAAAAUAUUUCAAAAUUCAAGUAAAUUGUAUAAGGUGUGCGAUAAUGUUUGCUUUUACUGUGCUUGUAUUUAAUUUCAUUCAAGGUGUAAUUUCAGCCAAUGCAGCAAUUCCCGGUGCCCAUUGUCGUGAUUACAAUGGCAAAAUGUACGAAACGGGGAUGCAUUUUAUGCCCGGGCCAGAUACAUGCCGCCUCUGUGUGUGUGAAAAUGGUCUACCGAAGGCCUGUAAAAUGGUAUUAUGUGAAGCAUUUAGCAAAUGCAAAUCUUUUCAAGUUGGCAAUGGCAACAGUUGCUGCGAGGUGAUCUGUCUUGAUGAUCAAUUCACUGAUGGCAGUACUGAUUUCGGUAUUUGACUGGUGGCCAGUGGCAUUACUGCCACACUUUCUUUAUCGUUGCUUUUCUUUUUGGUAAAUCGUCUGAGACAGCGUAAGAUACGUGCACGCGAAAGUCGACAGAAUGUCGAGGAUCAGCGCAGUAUUGUUGGUAGUAUAGGUUAUAUCGCCGGUAAUAUGGGUUACAUGGAAGGUAACAUGAGCGGCAUGGAUUAUUCCUAUGGCGGUGGCGCUUCACACUAUCCACUGUGGAAACCAGCUAGCGCUUACUUUCCACGUGGGGAGGCGCCACCUCCGUACGAAGAGGCUGUCGCCAUAUCGCAAGCAGAAGCCCUAAGCGCACAGUGUACCGUUAGUGUGGCCACGACAGCGCACCGAGCUAUGGGCCUUAAUGCUACUGUUACACCGGUCGAAUUAAGUGCGGAAAUGCGUCGCAACAUGCAACAGCAGCAACAACAAACUUUAGUGCAGCAACAUGCGAUACAUAUGCAUCAACCGACGUCAUCACACAUUGGUAAUGGUGGAAACUGUACUACUUCGCUUGCCGGAAUGCCUAACACGACGCAAGCAUUGCAUCAUCAUGUCGGUGCGUUGACGUCUACGGCACAACCGCAACAGCAACAUCAUCAACAAUCUCACAACCAAAUAACGCAAAGCACCACCAACCUAAUUAACAUCAAUAUCAAUAGCGGCGGCAAUGUGACCACAAUUGCUACGGGUGAAAAUCAUCAACCGCCAUAUAGUUUGCAACACGAAAGUGGCGCCAAUGUUGUACAGGAACCACUUAGUCAUCAAUCGUUACAACAGCCACAAUUAAUGAAUACAACUCACAUAGGCAAUAGUAGUGGGGGCCGUCUCCACCUGACUGCCGCAACGCCCAGCAAUUCAAUUUGUGUACAGACCCUCUCAAGUGGAGCGGGUGCUCAUCAGCCACUCAGUCAAUCAACGCAAAUGAUGGGAAUAAAUAAAUCUCUCCACCUGCAGCAACAGCAGCAACAUCACCACCAACUUACUGCUGCUAACGUCGCCUGCCAAGCUUUGCAGCAGACAAUGUCAUCUUCAAUUGGUUCUACGUCGAACAGUAACGAGUGUAGCUAUAAAAAUUGUCAUCUGAAUAUCAGCGCCAGCACUGCAUUGGCUUCGUCGUCGACUGUGGGGUCGACCGUGGGUGGAUCACAGCAGCGUCGCUCCCAACGUACACUGCCAGUUCAAGCCACUCAUGUUACGCAAGAUAUGCUGCAACACUUUGUUACAGUUGCUGAUGUGGAAAUCAGCGGUAACACCGUUGGGUAUCACUCAUUGCCGAAUGGUAGUGGUGUUGGCGGGGGUGACCGUGAAAUGGAACUGCUCAGUGUUGCUACGGUACCCGCGGGGGCAAUUUCCACACCCAGUAUCGAUGUGUUGCCAAUGAUGAGCGGAGAAAUAGCUACAAUUUCUAAUAAUACCAGCGAUUCAGUCACACAAACAGCAAUAAGCGCAGUCUCUGGAUCACAUACACUGCCGACAAAUGCGCACACACAAACAUUGAAAAGUGGUAACAACAGCACCAAUAAUAGCAGUAGCCAAAACAGCAAAACACCCUCAUCCUCACGCCGUUAUCAUCGCACUAUACCACGAUACUUUGCUCUUACCGAUCCGCUGAGUGAAAAAGAGGCCUAUGGCAUAAAUAAAAGCAAAUCAGAAAAUAGCUCACGUGCUGGACCGAGCAGUAACGUGUCAGCUGUAACUUCUACGAAAAAACCCACCUGUCAGUGCCCAGUGCAGCACGUGCCCAUGUCAUAUAUGGCAGCCACGCAACUGAGCAAUGUUGCACAAUGUCCCAGUAACAGUGCUCUUCUUUCGGCCCUAAGUAGCAAAUUGAGCGCAGCUUGCCAAUCAUCAGCGGCAUCUCAAACAUCGUCAGCAUUAUCAACUCUAGUUACAUCACAUGGCAGCAGCAGCAACGGGCGUUCCAACACUGUUACUACGUUGGGUUAUCCGCAACGAGUCAAAUCCUCUAAUAGUCUUCAACCAUCGUCAACAAACGACGUCAACAGCUUCGGGGUGGGCAGCACCUUGAAGCGUACAAUGCAUACCACUAGCACCAGCACUAAUACGUCAACGCUCACCAAUAAUAACAUUAGCAACAUUAAUGCUACAUCGGUUUGCAGUUAUGAUACGAAAAUUGCCACAAUAUCUAAGCAAGUCGGUGAUAGCUCAGCUGCAGAUCUAGGAACAGCCAUAAGUAGUCACCAUCAUCAUGCUGCCCACCAUUCCCACCAUUCUCAUCAUGCACACAGUGUUGUUGUGUUACCUUCACAGACCCACGACGAGAGUAUGCCUAUAGUUUUGGGGCGUGUACAUAAACGAUCCAGUGGUGAACGAGAGCGCGACCGUGAACGAGCACGCAGUGCCAGUAGUGGGCGUGCCAGCAGCAAUAGUAGCGCACAGCAGUUGGAGAGUAGCGCUGCUACAAUUUACUUGAGCGGAAAGGGCGACGCGUACUUGAAUUUUCCCCAUCCACAAAAUUUCAGCAAUCGCAAUUCGCAACAGCAGCAGCAGCAGCAGCAGAAUUGCCACCAACAACAACAAACCAACGAAACAAAUCCAAUAUUACCACCGAAACUACACAAAUCUCUAACGAAUUUAAAAUCUACAACAAACAACAAUCAUAGUAUAACGACCACAGCAACAGAGAUUUCUUGUGCUGCUGUUACUACGCCCAACCCCACCACCACUGCCACCACCUGUUCGAGUUACACAACCGUGCAAACGGUAUACACUCUCAGCAAACCAUCCACAUCGACCGCAGCACAUGUGAGCCGCAAGGAGCACCAAACUAUCCAUGAAUCAAUAAAUGGCAACGGCGGGACCAGCAGUUGCAGUAAGAAUUCGCCGCUUUCGCUCACUUUGCCCCUUUCGCCGGGGUUAGCAAACAAUUUUGGAGGUGUGAGUACCAGUACUGGUAGUGAUUGCGGAAGUAGUUCUGGCAACAAUACUGUAGGUUCACAAACGCAUUCUUCUGAAAAGUCAAGUAAAAUCAAUUCAAGCACAUUUUAUCCACUGCAAAAUAAUCAUGUGACAUACACACUGCCAAAGUAUAUAAGUGGCAAAGUAUCGUUGAAUAGCACCAUUGCCAGUGUAGUUAGCAAGGUGCCUUCAGUGAUCAGCAUACCGGUUAGUGGCGGCGAAGUCGAUUUAUUUGAGAAUAACAACAGCUGUGUAUACGCCUUAAGUCACAACAAUUCAAUAAACAGCAAACAUGAACCCACAGCAAUGUCCACAUCGAAGAGUAGCAGUGCAAACGGCCGUAGCACAACAUUGCCAAAGAUUUUGCGUACCAAAAAACAGCAAGACGUUAAUGCGACCAACAAUUGUAAUAGCAAUAUUGGCAGCAGCACCAUAAAACAUAGUACAGCUUCUGGAAUGACAACAGCAGCUGCGUCGAUAUCGUCGGUAUCCCAAUGCAAUAUGCCCGUCUAUCCCCAACAGUCCACUAGUUCACAUGUCAAAACAACCGCAACGGCUAAUGCAACAACGCAAUUCAAUUCCAUCAUAUCUGAUAGUGAUGUUCUGUCUUCUGCCAAACAUUUACCAGUCUGUACCACUUCGAAGAAUUGCCAAAAUCCAAAGGAGCAUUUUUUGCCAAACGACACUAGUUUGGAUGAUGAUUACUUAAGCGAGUGCGAGAAUUGUAAAAUUGCGCAGAGUGCCAAAUAUUAUUUAAAUGCUGAAGAAGAGGGGGCAAUACCACAAGAGACAAUGACCCUACAGCGCAAAUCGAUGGACGACAACAAAGAGGAGCAGGAGCAGUCGUAUUAUCGAAUUUCGCACACGCUACCAACGAAUCCCAAGAAGAAUGCUCCUGUCAAAAAUAACAAUCGUGAACCAUGGUUUUCUACAAUCCCAGCUAGCUCGUCAUCCGAAGAGGAUGUCAAUGAAUGAGAUUUAACACAUUUUCUUUAAAUAAAGAAUUACCCAAACCCACACGCACCAGAAAAUACAUAUACGCACACAUAAAUACAUGUAUAUGCGAAAGCAUAGGAAUAAGGAAAUCGGCUUUUGGAUUUGGCAAAUCAAAAAGUUGAAGUAUGUAAACAACAGUACGAACAUUAAAUGUAAUAUCUGCACAGCGGGUAAAUCUAAGUAAGUAUUCAAAUAAUACACACAUGUAUAGAAUACACAGUAUCUUUGAAAUGUAUUGGAAGUAAAAUUAAGAUAACUUUACAGUAGAUACUUACACAAUUACAAGUAAAGAAAAGUCAAAAGCUCUUGAAAAUACCGUAAUAAAAUCUCUUGGAGUAUUUCAAAAAAGAAAUAGAUACAGACAGUAAAGAAUAUAUUGUUAAUUCUUCUUUUUUUUACUCUCCGCACGUUUCACCAGUAUGUUGCAAAAUAAGGCUAAAGGAAAAAGCCUAAAGCAAGCCUUUCGACAUAACGUAUAUAAUAAGUUAAAAUGUUAUUAUAGAAAACACAAUAUACAAUUAAGAGAUACCAAAAAUUUAACGCCGAAAUUUAAUGUAUUCUUAUGUAUAAAAAAAACGUUCAUUAAUUGUGCGCUUCAAUUAACUAACAGUUAAGACAGGAAAAUAGUUUUCGUUGAGCAGAUAUUCAUAAAAUAAGCUAAGCCAAAUCUGCUUGUAUUCAAUAUUACAUGUAUAAAAUUAAAAAUUACAAAAAAAAUAGCAUAUAAAUAUGUUCCGAUACGAUAGGAAAGCAUUUGGGGAUGAUCACAUUGCUAGCGGUACACAUUUCAAUGCAAACGAAAUUCGCAUAAUUAUUUAUAGAUAUAUAGAUUUAAAUGACACAAGAAAAUUUCAGUUUCAAAGAGUGAAUUUUUUAUAUUUUCCAACAAUUGUUUCUUACAGGGAAGACAUAAUUUAAAAAUAAACGAUAAAUCAUAAAUGUACGCGAUCAAUGCUUAAAAAUGGAAGCAGUAAUGUGAAUAUCCUUGCUAAAGUAAAAAUUUUAUAUUAUUGCUUGAGAAAGCCACAGGAAAACAGUGUACGUGAAUGCCAAAAAAGUAUAAAUUAGCAAAUGUACAUAUAUUGCUUAAAACAUGCCAUUUGGAAGCGUUAAAAAUGUGAUACUUCCGGCGCAAUUAGUUUUAGAUAUUCUCAGCUGACACUUUACAGUGAUGCCUUAACCUUGGGAGCAUUUCACUCUGAUUUUUUGGUGCGAUGAAUCCAAAUAUAAUAUUUUUGACAAAUAUUUAUUACAGUUUUCACAUUAAAAAAACUGUAAAUAUAUUUGAAUUUGAAAGUGAUAUGUCCAAAUCUGUUGAAAGUACAGUACGAACUCGGUAAUCGCAGCUAAUAGAAAUCUAGGUAGUUGCACUUAUUGAGGUUGUUGCACCCAGCGAGGAAAAAUAUAUAACAAGAAAUAUGACAAAAGAAAAUCGUUUUAUAAUAUAGAAAGCUUAUUUUUUAUUAAAAGUUUUAUAUUUUAAACAUAUCGGGUAUUGUCUGCACUUUCUUCUUAUUAAGGGAUUUUAUUAUAGCCCUUUCAGGAAGCUCCUUCAGAAAUAUAUUGUCUUUUAUUGGAAUCUUCAUUUGUGAACGAAUCAUUUGAUGCAAGAUCUUGGAGCAUUGAUGCAAGGAUUGCGCGUUCAUUUUCAAUUUCUAUUUUUAGAAUGCUGAGAGGAAUCUCUCUUCACUCCACUCAACAUCUGGUUUCAUUAACAUAUUCCAGCACUUGCGAAUGGAGCUUGCUGACACUUUUUCCCAUGAAUUUGCAAGAAGACAGAUAGCAUGUCUUAAGUUGAAUUUCUUUACUUUUUCUUCCAGAUGAGUGGUUUUAUUCUCUAUUAAAUGCGCCAAACACUUUUUUGUAAUAGACUUUUUUAAGUUAAUAACGUUUUGAUCCAUUGGUUGGAGAAUCGCGGUACAGUUAGGUGGAAGACACAUAACGGUUAUCAUUGCAUCAUCACUUUUCAUCUCAUUGUCUUUAGGAUGACACGGGGCGUUAUCCAAGACCAAUAGGGCUUUUUGGAGAAGUCCCUUGGAUUCUAGAAAUUCGCGUACCUAUAACAAUCCAAAAAGUACAAAUAAAUUUUAAACAAGAAUUCAAUACAUUUCGUAUUUCUCACCUCAGGAACAAACGUAUGAUGAAACCAGUCUUUGAAAAACAAAUAAGUCAUCCACGAGUUCUUGUUAGCCUUGUAGACAAACGGGCAUUUUUUGCAAAUUUUUGAAUGCUCUAGGGUUUUUUGCUUUUCCAAUGACAAAGAGCUUAACUUUGUGCGUACCCGAAGCAUUUGUGCAUGCGAGAAAUGGUAUUCUCUUCU